GGGGAAGCGAAAGCGAAAGCGGCAGGAAUCUCCAGGGCCUCAAAUGAGAUCUGGGCACCGAGAGCUGAAGGGGCCAGGAAGUUGAGAGAGAGGGGGCUUAGUCCUUGGUGCUUAAGCGAAAGCCCCCGGAGCUGCAGUCCCGCCGCCGCGGCUGACGGCGCCAUGCGGCUCCCUGACCUGACACCCUGGGCCUCCCUGGUGCUGGUGGACUUGGCCUUCCUCUGGUUACUUCAGGGAACUCUGGGGUCCCUGCUUCCCCGGGGGCUUCCAGGACUAUGGCUGGAGGGGACUCUGCGACUUGGAGGGCUGUGGGGGCUGCUGAAGCUGGGCGGAGUGCUGGGAUAUGUGGGGACACUGCUGCCCCCGCUCUGCCUGGUGACUCCCGUGUUUCUCUCCCUGAGAGCCCUGGUCGCAGGGGCCUUGAGUGCUCCCCCCGUCAGGGUGGCUUCAGCCCCUUGGAGCUGGCUGCUGGUGGGGUACGGGGCUGCAGGGCUAAGCUGGGCUGUGUGGGCGGUGCUGAGCCCUGCUGGAGCCCAGGGGAAGGAGCAGGGCCAGGAGAAGAGCAAAGGCUUGAUGUGGAGGUUGCUGCAGCUCUCCAGGCCAGAUGUGCCCUUCCUGGCUGCCGCCUUCUUCUUCCUUGCUGUUGCUGUUUUGGGUGAGACAUUAAUUCCUCACUAUUCUGGUCGUGUGAUUGACAUCCUGGGAGGUGAUUUUGACCCUGAUGCCUUUGCCAGUGCCAUCUUUUUCAUGUGCCUCUUCUCCUUUGGGAGCUCGCUGUCUGCAGGCUGCCGAGGAGGCUCCUUCACCUACAUCAUGUCCAGAAUCAACUUGCGGAUCCGGGAACAGCUUUUCUCCUCCCUGCUACGCCAGGACCUCAGUUUCUUCCAGGAGACUAAGACAGGGGAGCUGAACUCACGGCUGAGCUCGGACACCAACCUGAUGAGUUCCUGGCUUCCUUUUAAUGCCAAUGUACUCUUGCGAAGCCUGGUGAAAGUGGUGGGGCUUUAUGCCUUCAUGUUCAACGUAUCGCCUCGACUCACCCUCCUCUCUCUGCUCAAUGUGCCAUUCAGAGUAGCAGCCGAGAAGGUGUAUAAUGCCCGCCAUCAGGCAGUGCUUCGGGAGAUCCAGGAUGCAGUGGCCAAGGCGGGGCAGGUGGUGCGGGAGGCUGUCGGAGGGCUGCAGACGGUGCGCAGUUUUGGGGCUGAGGAGCAUGAGGUCUGGCGCUAUAAGGAGGCCCUGGAACGAUGCCGGCAGCUGUGGUGGCAACGAGACCUGGAGCGAGCCCUGUAUGGGCUCUUAAGUCGGCUGUUGCACUUGGGCAUGCAGGUGCUGAUGCUGAGCUGUGGGUUGCAGGAGAUCCUGGCCCGGGAGAUGACCCAGGGCGGGCUGCUCUCCUUCCUCAUCUACCAGGCGGAAGUGGAGAAAUACGUGCAUACGCUGGUGUACAUGUUUGGGGAUAUGCUGAGCAACGUGGGAGCUGCUGAGAAGGUCUUUUCCUACCUGGACCGCCAGCCAAAUCUGCCCUGCCCUGGGGAACUGGCCCCCACCACUCUGCAGGGGCUGGUGGAAUUCCAGGAUGUCUCCUUUGCAUACCCCAACUGCCCUGACCAGCCUGUGCUCAAGGGGCUGACAUUCACCCUACGUCCUGGUGAGGUGACAGCGCUGGUGGGACCCAAUGGGUCUGGGAAGAGCACGGUGGCUGCCCUGCUGCAGAAUCUGUACCAGCCCACUGGGGGACAGGUGCUGCUGGAUGAGAAGCCUGUCUGGCAAUAUGAGCACCGCUAUCUACACAGACAGGUGGUUUCAGUUGGGCAGGAGCCUGUGUUGUUCUCUGGUUCUGUGAGGGACAACAUUACUUAUGGGCUGCAGAGCUGUGAGGAUGAUAAGGUGGUGGCCGCUGUCCAGGCUGCCCAUGCAGAUGACUUCAUACAGGAAAUGAAGGAUGGAAUAUAUACAGACAUAGGGGAGAAAGGGAACCAGCUGGCCGUGGGGCAGAGACAACGUCUGGCCAUUGCCCGGGCUCUCGUGCGGAACCCACGGGUGCUCAUCCUGGACGAGGCCACCAGUGCCUUGGACGCGCAGUGUGAGCAGGCGCUGCAGGACUGGAACAGUCUCGGGGACCGCACGGUGCUGCUGAUCUCUCACCGGCGGGAGACUGUCCAGCGCGCCCACCGGAUCCUGGUGCUCCAUCAGGGCGAGCUGCGGGAGCUGGACCAGCUCAGGGUGGGGAAGGACCUCUAUUCCCGCCUGGUGAGCCAGUUGCUGGAGGACUGAGGCCCCAGGACACUGAGCCUUCUGAGGACCAUCUCCAGGACCCAGGAGCAACUGCUCCUUUCAGUCUCCCUGGGCUGUGCCCUUGUGUAGUUAAUUGUCCUGAGCUGGAAGCGUGAUGGAGAUUUGGAGUACAAAUGUGCUUUAGAUGGGUGGAUGGGGGCUGGGGCGGUGCUAUGUCCAGGAACCUUAUUUCCUAGGUGAAUGAGCUUUGCCUGGUGCUGAGCAGUGCCUUGUUGCAUGAUGAAUGUAUUUAAAAUAUUUUCCUUACUAUGUAAACAGUGGCACAUUUAUGUGAAAAAUUUAGGCAAUGUAGAGAAGUACAAAGAAGAAAUGUAAAACUACCUAGUUUUUUAUUCCCUGGUGAUGACUGUAGUUCCUUUUUGCUGGAGGACGUAACUAUUCACGAGGUUGCCUUUCUGUAUCCUUCCCAGUUCUCACCAGUGUCUGACAUUUGGGGAAUCUAGGGUGUGCACCGAUGGAGAACAGUUCCUUAAUAAAAAGCCAGAAUAGAGUUUUAAUAUGAGUAAGAACUAAGCCAGCGUUUUUUGUUGAUCACUUUUAUUUUUUUUUAAUUGUUAAAUCAUAGCUGUGUACAUUAGUGCAACCAAGGGUUACAAUGUGCUGGUUUCAUAUACAAUCCGAAGUAUACUCAUCAAACUGUUCAACGCAGCCUUCGUGGCAUUUUCCUCGUGAUUGUAUGUAGACAUUUGUAUUCUGCAUUUACUAAGUUUUGCCAUUCUAAGAUGCACCGUAGGUGUGGCCCCAGGCAUUACCCUCCCUCCACCAUAACCUCCCCCCUCCCUUCCCCUUCCUUGGCCCUUUCCCCAUAGUCUUGUACUAUAGUUGGGUUAUAGCCUUCAUGUGAAAGCUAUAAUUUAGCUUCAUAGUAGGGCUGAGUACAUUGGAUACUUUUUCUUCCAUUCCUGAGAUACUUUGCUAAGAAGAAUAUGUUCCAGCUCCAUCCAUGUAAACAUGAAAGGGGUAAAGUCUCGGUCUUUCUUUAAGGCUACAUAAUAUUCCAUGGUGUACAUGUACCAUAAUUUGCUAGUCCAUUCAUGGGUCCAGGGCACUUGGGCUUCUUCCAUGACUUAGCAAUUAUGAAUUGGGCUGCAAUAAACAUUCUGGUACAGA